AGGCUGGAGGUGUUAGCAGCCUUCACCAACGGGGUGAGUGCCUGAACCCACUGCAUGCGCUGCGCUCUAGACACGUGCCGAUUCACGUAUCAUGCCUUUCCACUGCAACAACCCAUUUGCACUGUUGCUCCUACAACUAUGAGAGGCUGGAGGUGUUAGCAGCAUUCACCAAGGGGCUCUUCCUUCUCUUCCUCUCCUUCUCGCUAGCAGUGGAGUGCCUGCAUGCUUAUAUCGAGGACGAGGCAGAGCACAAGCACUACCUAGUGCUGUCCGCGGUGGUUCAUCUGCUCAUCAACCUCCUCGGAGUGUUCUUCUUUAAGGGUUUUGCCCGCCGCACGAUAACAUACCAGAGACCAAGGGACAUGAACCACCAUGCCAUCCUGCUGCACCUGCUCUGUGACUCCAUCCGAAGUGGUGGGGUUGUCCUCGCCUCAUGGUUCAUUGCCAUCGGGGUGUACAGUGCAGAGGCCAUCUGCCUGGGCCUCGUCUCCCUCACAGUGCUCGUGCUCGCGCUCCCAUUGGUGCAAUCGUCCGGGAAUCUCCUGCUGCAGAUGGCUCCUGCAGGCAUCUCCGAACCCGCGCUGCACAAAUGCAUUCGCCAUGUGGCAGCAUAUGAGGGGGUAGAAGAAUGCAUAGAGCAUCGCUUUUGGGCAGUGGUCCCUGGACAUGUGGUGGGGACACUCACUGUUCGG